UUUCACGACUUCAAUAAUCCCUCUCGCAUAGACGAAUUAGUGCCUUCGAGACGAAAAAAACAAAGAAAAACAGAAAUCAACCCCAGAAAAAUCUCAGCGGUCGGAUCUAGGGUUUGAGGAAAAAAGAUGCCGAAGAACAAGGGAAAGGGAGGGAAGAACCGGAAGAGGGGAAAGAACGAAGCCGACGACGAGAAGCGUGAGCUCGUUUUCAAGGAGGACGGCCAGGAGUACGCGCAAGUGCUCCGCAUGCUCGGUAAUGGCAGAUGCGAGGCCAUGUGCAUAGACGGUGUCAAGCGCCUGUGCCAUAUCCGUGGGAAGAUGCACAAGAAGGUGUGGAUCGCCGCCGGUGAUAUUAUCCUAGUCGGCCUCCGCGACUAUCAGGAUGACAAGGCAGAUGUGAUCUUGAAGUACAUGCCAGAUGAAGCUAGGCUAUUGAAGGCUUAUGGAGAGCUUCCAGAGACCACUAGGCUUAAUGAAAUUACUGGUCUUGACGAGGAGGAUGAUGGUCCUGGUGAUGAUUACAUCGAGUUUGAGGAUGAGGACAUUGACAAACUCUAGAGAGCCUUGUGAGAGAAUUCAAAUUUGGUUUAAGAGUUACCUGUUGCUGCCUGUUGCCUCCUGCCGGCUCUUUU